AUGAAGAUUACAUCCCUCGCCUCGCUGGCAGUGUUGACACUGGCCAACGGCCAGAUCACCUCCUUGGGAAACGGCACUGUCGCCUGCCUCAAGCCUGGCGGAUCGUUCUGCCUUGGCGAUUCCCUUGCAACCGACUUCAUCGUCAAGUGUGACGACAAGGGAGUUGCUCAGGUGUCGUCUUGCUGUGAUCUUCUCGCCGCCAAAUUCCCCCUCGACGCUCCCGGCACUUGCUGGCAGACUUCCCCUAGCAGCGGAGACGCUGUCUGUGAGAAGAACUGCAUCGCCUACUGCGGCAGCGAUACCUUUGUCCUGCCCACCCAGCAUUGUACCCCUUCGACCACCCAGACUCCAUCGGGAGCUGCCACCCCUUGCCCUCCAGGGGUCGCUACCACUCCGCUUGCUCCUGGCGAGCCUCAAGUCACGACUCCUGGUAUUCCAGGCGAGCCCACUGCUCCCGGAACCCCUGGUGUACCUACCGAUGUCCCUCCCGUUGCUCCUGGUCAGCCUGUUGUCCCGGGUACCCCAAUUCCUGGUCAACCUGACGUCCCGGCCACCCCGAUUCCAGGCCAACCUGACGUCCCAGCUACCCCAGUUCCUGGACAGCCUCCGAUCCCACCGCCAGCCGGCUCCGGCCUGCCCCCAGUUGAGCCUACAGUCGUUCCCACUGUGUCAACCGCCAGCGUUCCGGGAGGCGGAGUCCCUACAGGCACAGGUACUGGUCCAGGCGACAUUACACCUCCCAUCGCUACACCCCCUCCUGAGGGAACUGAGCCUCCGAAGGUCCCAACUGCGGGCGCUCCGAUUGUCGAGCAAGCAGGUGCAGCUAUGGCCAUUGUCGGCCUGGCAGCUGUUUAUCUCCUCUGA